AUGUCAGAGAGUCUUCGGCCAGCCAAUGCGAGGCCGCAGCUUAGUAUGCAAACCCUUUCUUUGAUCCCCUGUCACGAGGACGAGGACGAGGGCGACUUGCCCGCAGAGAGGGAGGGGGACAAAAUGAGCAUGAGUGAGAUGGACGUUGUUACUUGUGCGUGGUCGGCAGGUCCAACGGCGCGUGUUGGCUGCCGGUCGCUUGUUCCGAAGACAGCCAGACCAGCCUCUGUCUUGCUCCGCGUUAUUUUCGUCGCCCUGAAGCCGAACAAGACUCCCACCACGAGAACACGUAGGUUUGGCCAAUCAGCUCGGCUUGCGCAAACGACCGUCCGGCCCACAGCUACACUGCUGCUGAGGCAUGUCGUCGGGCUCAAGGCUCAUCCUGCUAUUAAAGAGAGCGUGGACCCCGGGCUUCCUUUCGUUGCAAGCCCACUUCCUCUUCAUCUGACCCAAGACUUUGUCCGUCAACCGGUGUCAAAACAACAGCGAUUUCGUCUUUAUUCGACCUCGACGACUUCUCCUUUUACCUCUACCUCUACUUGCACAUCUACAUCCACAUCUCCCCUCUUCACAGGCACAAUGGUCUCCCAAACUGUCAACAAGACCAAUCUCCACCCCUCGGGUGUGCAGCCAAACAAGGAACACACUGAAAUCGAGGAAUCUCUCCACGACAAGGCACACAUUGACUACGACCGUGUAGCUAUUAUUGCCAACCCUUCAGUCGCUGCUCUCUACGAAGAUGCCCUCGUCUACGAGACAGGCUCAGCCAUCACAGCCUCUGGUGCCCUCUCGGCAUAUUCUGGUGCAAAGACGGGCCGCUCGCCCUCAGACAAGCGCAUCGUGGAAGAAGACUCUUCCAAGAAUGAAGUUUGGUGGGGACCUGUCAACAAGCCGAUGAAGGCUGACGUCUGGCGUAUCAACCGCGAGCGUGCCAUUGACUACCUCAAUACCAGGAAACGCAUCUACGUCGUUGAUGGCUUCGCAGGAUGGGACGAGCGCUACCGGAUACGCGUCAGGGUGGUUUGCGCUCGUGCCUACCAUGCUCUCUUCAUGCGUAACAUGUUGAUCCGUCCGUCGAGAGACGAGCUUGAACAUUUCACCCCAGACUAUACCAUUUACAACGCUGGAGCCUUCCCCGCAAACAGAUACACUAGCGGUAUGACUUCAUCGACGUCGGUUGCGCUCAACUUUGCCGACAAGGAGAUGGUCAUCCUCGGCACCGAGUAUGCUGGUGAAAUGAAGAAGGGCAUUUUCACAGUCCUUUACUACGAGAUGCCCGUCAAGCACAACGUGCUCACGCUGCACUCCUCUGCAAACGAGGGCCAGAACGGCGACGUCACCGUCUUCUUCGGUCUUUCCGGUACUGGCAAGACCACCCUGUCAGCCGACCCCAAGCGUGCCUUGAUCGGUGACGACGAGCACUGCUGGAGUGACACCGGUGUCUUCAACAUUGAAGGAGGAUGCUAUGCCAAGUGCAUUGGUCUCUCUGCCGAAAAGGAGCCCGACAUUUUCGGCGCCAUCCGCUUUGGAUCGAUCCUGGAGAAUGUCGUCUUCGACCCCGUGACCCGUGUUGUCGACUACGACGACGACACUCUGACCGAGAACACGCGCUGCGCAUACCCCAUUGAAUACAUUGAGAACACAAAGAUUCCUUGCAUCUCGUCGCAACAUCCCAAAAACAUUGUCCUCCUCACCUGCGAUGCCCGCGGCGUCCUUCCCCCCAUCUCCAAGCUCAACCCCGAGCAAACCAUGUACCACUUCAUCUCUGGAUACACCUCCAAGAUGGCUGGAACAGAGCAAGGCAUCACUGAGCCACAAGCGACCUUCUCCUCGUGCUUUGCUCAGCCCUUCUUGGCACUCCACCCCAUGCGCUACGCCAAGAUGCUCGCAGAGAAGAUUCAAGAACACAACGCUGACGCCUGGCUUCUCAACACUGGUUGGGUCGGUGCGGGCGCUUCCACCGGUGGCAAGAGGUGUCCCUUGAAAUACACCCGCGCCAUUCUCGACGCCAUCCACUCGGGCGAACUCGCAAAGGUCGAGUACGAAACCUACGAGACUUUCGGUCUCAGCGUACCAAAGACGUGCCCCGGCGUUCCCGACGAGCUGCUCAACCCGGCCAAGUCGUGGAAUGGAACGGCCGACUUCAAGGGCGAGGUGGACAAGCUGGGUAGGCUGUUCAUGGAGAACUUCAAGAAGUACGAGGACCAGGCUACCGACGCUGUCCUCAAGGCGGGACCCCAUGUAUGCUGCUGCCCCCAAAAACACUAG